AUGGCAACUGAAGAGGUCUUUACUUUUGGCCCGGUGCCAGCUACCCUUCGACCGAAUGCGACGGGAGCUGAUAUCGGUUUUAUGAUAGUGGCAGCUGCUCAAGUCUACUUCAUGAUCCCUGGGCUGUGCCUCCAUUUCUCUGGUGUUUCGAAACGUGACUUUACGCUCACCUUGGUCCGUCUCCCACUGAUUACCACGGGUGUGGUCGGAUGCGUGUGGUAUCUGUGGGGAUACGCUCUUGCAUUCUCUCCCGCAACAUAUAACUCGGCUGAUCUGCAGGGUGUCUCCUGGUAUGGCGGAGAUACAAGAGCAAAUGCAUAUAUUGACGUUACCGCCCGACCCGUUGGUAUACAAGGUCCUUCUCCAUUGGUUCUGUCGGGACCAAAGAUUCCAGAGAUGGUCUAUGUCUUCUAUCAGGGCAUGUUUGCAUGCUUCACAGCAAGCCUGGUGUCGGCCGGAGCGGCUGGCAAGACUCGUGUCGGUCGAUACGUUCUUUUCAUUACCUUGUGGACAACUCUUGUUUAUUGUCCCGUUGCCCGGUGGACGUGGCAUCCUCUCGGCUGGUCCAAACUCAGGGGAGCAAUGGACUUUGCUGGUGGUACCGCUGUGCACGUCUGUUCUGGUUCCUCAGUCGCUGCUCUUGCCACCAUUUCACAAUUCGAAGCCGCAAAUUGGCACACGACGCUCGUCCUUCGAAGACAGACUUUUGAGAUCGAUCUGAAGACGUGGAAAGUCUGGAAAUGGCUAUCUGUGAGAAAUCGCAGUGCCCGCAGCGAAGUCGAAUUGAGAACGAAUUUCCCCGAGACAGAACACGCCGUCAAUGGACACGCUCGAGGGCCACGGCCACAAACUCCUCCAGAGAGGCCGGCAGCCAGCCUGGACCGCGAAACUUCGAGUUUGCCUUAUAGCAUCAACCACAUGGUAUUGGGCACUUGUUUGCUUUGGGUCGGAUGGUUUGGCUUCAACGGCGGUUCGGCCCUUGGGGCGAACCUUCGUGCCGUGUCAGCUUGCUUAGCAACACAGGCUGCUGCCAGUGCAGGAGGCACAAUUGGAUUACUCUUUCACUGGGGGUUGGGCUGGCUUGAUAAGAGGGUAUCGACUGAACCAGACACCUUGAUCCAUAUUCCGUCAAUUCAGGAGUUCUGUGACGGUGUGAUUGCUGGGCUGGUGGCCAUUACUCCCGCUGCCGGAUACGUACCUGUCAAAUAUGCCCCCGUCUUUGGCGUCGUCGGUGCCAUUGUCUGCAAGAUUCUGAGGAUGAUCAUGUAUAGCGUCUUGCCGGCAGAUAAAUUGGCUAUCUUUGCCGUCCACGCUGGUGGUGGAAUCAUUGGAAUGCUACUUACAGCCUUCUUUGUAGAUGAUGAAACUACCGGUCUUGACGGGUAUUCGAGGCUGGUUGACAAAACAAUGGGUGCUAGGUUCCGAGACCAGGCACUGGACGUAACCGCUUGUCUUUUCUACUCAUUCACGAUGACCUUCGCGAUCUGGAUGGUCCUGAAGCUUGUGGAGGUCUUGUGCGGCGCCACAACUCCUCCAUCCACCGACCGGUUUGACCAUUACCCAGACACUUAUGAAGCUCGCCCUCAGUUCAAGCGAAGAAGGUCCUCCGACCACGUGGUGUGA